AUGGGCCUCGAUGUCGCGGAAAUCUCUGAAUUGGCGGCGCUCCGGCCGAUCCAGACGGCCGCGAGCGGCGCCCGGGCCACGUCAGUACCGGGGGAGGACGACGGCACUGCCGUUGCCGACACUGGCUGCGUCACGCCGACGGCGAGCGGCGCGCAAUCGGCCAUGGCAGGGGGAGUCGACGACGACGACGCAGCCGCCGACACUGGUUGCGUCACGCCGAGGUCGAGCGGCUGCAUGGCCAUGCUGCCAAUUGCGCCACUGCAGCAAGACGACGGCGCCGAAGUCGGCUUCGCCACACCGCUGGCCACGGGUGGAGUAAUUGGGCAGCGAGACGGCUGCGCCGCUGCGGGCGACGAGAACAGCUUCACCACGCCGACCACGGCCGACAGCGCGCUGUUGCCGGCGACGGUGUGCCCGCCGGCGCCGCGGAAGUCGGCGCCGGUGCCGACGAGGAAGCGGGCGCCGCUGCAGCAGCGGCUCUUCUUCUACCCGGUGCCACACGACCUGGCCACCGUCUUCGUUGCCGUGCCGCAGUGCCCGCCGCCCGCCAAGAAGAUGCGGGCGCACGUGGUGGAGUCAUCUGUGCCUCUAGGCACGUGA